CGUUACCGUGGCUACACACGGAAGUUAUCUUGUGCACCUGUUACACUACCAAACAGGAAAAGGAACGAAUCACUACAUAUUUACUUGAACAAAGUAGCUUCGAGGCAGUUUUUUUUUUAACUUGACACAUCUUUUUUGGAUCGUUUUUUAAACCAGUCAAUCUCAACCUUAAUGGACAAAUUAAAGAAAGUUUUGAGUGGCCAAGAUGGCAAUGACGACCUCAACGUACUGCAGGCAGCGAAUGAAGCGUCAACACUGGGAUGGGGCACGCGCGUCAAGGGAUUCCUCGCGUGCUUUGUGUCGGGCGUCUUGUGUUCAGUUUUGGGGACCUGCUUGCUCUGGGUUCCGAAAAGCGGACUGACACUCUUUGCAGUCUUUUACAGUUUAGGUAAUAUUGCUUCUCUUUUGAGCACUAUGUUCUUAAUGGGUCCAUUAAAGCAACUCAAGAGGAUGUGUGACAAGUCGAGAGCUCUGGCAACUGGCAUUAUGAUUACAUGCCUGGUGCUAACCUUUUGUGCUGCCUUUUGGUGGAAGAAUAAAGGCCUUGCUCUGCUGUUCUGUAUCCUCCAGUUUUUGGCUUUUACAUGGUAUAGCAUAUCCUACAUUCCAUUUGCAAGGGAUGCAAUUAUUAAGUUGUUCUCUGCGUGCUUCAAGUGAGAUGCCUCUACAUUUGGCUGUGUGCUUCUCUGGCUUCAGCACUGGUUCUGCGUUCAAUGCCACUCAUGUACCCACUCUGGAACCUGGCACAGACACCACACCACACUACAGGCGCUCCGCUUGCUCUCCGUAACGGAUGGACACUCAAUCUGUGUGAACAAGCACACACAGACAAGUUCUCUCUCUCUCUCUCUCUCUCUCUCUCUCUCUC